CUUUGGUGCAACUUGUUGAAACACCAUUUUGUAAACUUUGGGGGAAAUUUAAAUAUUUGUGCGUUUCAUGAUUUAUUAAGGUCUUGGCUUCCACAUACUAAGAUGAUUAGGCAAAAUUAUAAUAAUUAUACAUAUAAAUAUAUUCACAAAUAUUCCCAAAUCAUGAGUAAAAUAUGGCCUUAUUUUAGGGAUUAGUCAAAUUAAUGUGACCAUAUUUUAAGGAUUUGGCAAGUCUCUGUGCCUCCUCCAAGUGGUGCAGUAGGAAGUGGUUACCAGGUUGCUUGGCUCUCUCGUCUCAUAGCAUCUGACCCUCUCAUCACUCGGAUAGCGGCAUUUCGGCAGCAUCUGCCACGUACGAGCCGAUUUCCAGAGAUUCAGAGCUCAAAGAGGAAGCGCUUUCUGCCAGUGGGUAGGAGGCAAGACCUUUCUACGGGGGUUAGAGCGCUGCAAAUGAGUGUGGGGAAUCGUGUUUUAGAAUCGUUGAUGCCGCCUUUUAUUAAUCUCCUUAAGGGAGUCUUUACAAUUGGGGAAUAGACUAGCGUUGAACUACCAAAAAGGUCUUUUUUGCAACUAGGCGAUUGCCUUGGAUGGGGCUGCGGUGUUUUCCCCGUCCUCCUCCGUGUGCAAAACGAAAACACUCCUCUUCGUCAGUGUGAAACACUCCUCUUCGUCAGUGUGAUUCCUGCAGCAAAGAUCCUCCUCCGCCGUGUAGCUAGCGGCCGUUGGUGUGCAUGAGUGACUGUGUGGCCGUCUUAUAUCUCUGAUGCUAGGAGCCGGCAUGAUGGAAGAAUUCGUUACCGAGGAAGAGGAGCCAUGGUACGACCAGCACGACCUGGAGUCGGACUUGCACCUGGCAGCGGAGCUGGGGAAGACUCUUCUUGAGAGGAAUAAGGAGCUAGAGGACUCCCUUCAGCAGCUUUACAUCACCAAUGAGGAGCAGGUGCAGGAGAUCGAGUACCUGUCCAAGCAGAUGGAGAUGUUGCGGGACAUGAACGAGCAGCAUGCCAAAGUGUACGAGCAGCUGGACGGUACGGCCCGGGAGCUGGAGAGCACCAACCUCAGCCUGGUGCUGGAGAGCAAGGCGUCCCAGCAGAAGAUUGAGAGGUUGACGGGGACCAUCGAGCAGCUGCAGGGGCAGGUGGAGAGCCUGACGCAGCAGGUUGAGGAGCUGCGCUCCGUGGAGCAUCUGAGGGUCCGCCGGGAGAAACGGGAACGCCGGAAGACCAUCCACUCCUUCCCCUGCCUCCGGGAACUCUGCACCGCUCCAAGGUACGAGGACGGGUUCGUGGUGGGCAGCGUGGAGAGCUUGGCUCAGGCGGACGAGUCACGUCUGCCGACGGAGGCGGUGGAGAACGAGCGUCUGCGGGACGCGGCGUCGACCCUGCGCUCGGCGAUCCGUGCGGAGCGCGCGCGGCGGGAGGGCGCGGAGCGGGAGUGCGAGGCGGCGAUGCAGGAGUUCGGCCGGCUGGAGGAGCGGCUGCAGGCGGCCGAGGGCUGCCACCUGCGCGUGCGCGAGCUGGAGACGGAGCUCCGCGAGCUGCAGACGCUGCGCCGCACGCGCUUCCUGCUGCUGGGGGGCGGCGACGCCGAGGACGGCUUCGCCCAGACGCUGCUCAGCCGCGCCCCCGAGACCGACACCGCGGAGGAGGAGGGCGGCGGCGUCGGCUUGCGGGACGAGGAGGAGGGGGGCGGGGUCUUCGAGGGCCGGGCGGAGCCUCUGCCGAACUCCAGCCCCGUGCGGAAGAGCUGCAGCGACACGGCUCUGGACGCCAUCGUGGCGCGGGACGCGCAGGGCAGGCGCCGCGGGAGCUACGCGCUCCACGCCAACAGCGUGCGCCGGCGCGGCAUGUCCAUCCUGCGCGAGGUGGACGAACAGUACCACGCGCUGCUGGAGAAGUACGAGGAGCUGCUGGGCAAGUGCCGCCGCCACGAGGAGAGCCUGUGCCACACCGCCGUGCAGACCUCCCGCCCCGUCUCCCGGGACCCCUCCAUCAAGGACGGCUACGCAGGCACACACGCGGGCACACACGCGGCGCCCCCCUCCACCUCCGCGGCGGCCCCUGCGACGGGCGUAGCGAAGCCCAUAGGGGCCGCGGUGAAGCCGGCGGGGCAGAGCACGCCGGAGUACAAGGCCCUGUUCAAGGAGAUCUUCUCACGCAUCCAGAAGACCAGGACCGACAUCAAGUCCACCAAGAGCGGGAAGACGGGCAAGUCAGGCAAAGCUGGCAAGUCUGGCAAAUCAACCAAAUGAGAUUCUGGAGGAAGGGGUGUGGGCUGGGCCGUGUCCAAGGAAGGAAAUUGUGGACCCUGAGUCUCCUUCAUGGCAAGAAGGCCUAUCAGAGACUGUGUUGUUUAGACAUGAGCCUAUCAGAGACUGUGUUGUUUAGACAUGGGCCUAUCAGAGACUGUGUUGUUUCGACAUGGGCCAAUCAGAGACUGUGUUGUUUAGACAUGGGUCUUGGGAGCCGAGCCAGUUGUCUUUGACUCUGUUGAGUGGCCUUGUGUGGAAUGGCACGUACUCACUAGCAGGUGCCACACCUGUCCUGAGGUAACACCACACAGUUACCCCUGAAGUCAUUCUCUAAUGUGUUCUACCUCAGAGAACACAAACUUUACAAUGAAAUGAAAAGAAAACGGGAACAAAGGGAAAGUCAAAUAUGAGAUUGUAGAUGGGACUCAUCUACGUCAGGUGAAGCUCACUGAGUGGUGUGGGGUUGCUCUGUUCGAGUGUCCUUCCCUGCGGGUUGAAAUGACAGCUCACUGACAGAGGAAUAUUAGUCCAUUUGAGUCAGCUGGCAAGUUAACAUGCUUGUGAGUGGAACUAAAGAUGAAUAUGUAACUUGACAUUUAUAUAAUUUACAGAUAGUUGACAAAUGAACCUCUGAAAACAUGUUACUUGGGAAUUUGAAAUGUAGAGUACCAAAGCUCAGUUGCGCUGUGCCGUCUCAAUUGUUCGUAUCAAUCUCCAUCAAAUGUUUUUUUUUUUUUUACUGGAAAAAUAACUGGCCUUGAGUUCCCUGGCUCAGGCCUCCAUUUGACUGAAAUCAAGCAUUUAUUAUCCUGAGUUACAAACAGGACACCUGGGGCCAGUUUAUUUAUACCAUCUUUGACUUUGCGUAGUGCAUACUGCAUACUACACGACAAACUAAAGCUCUUGGACUUAUUGGGUAUAUAGCGCAACUUUAUCAACUUAAAGACAGAAAAAGAAGUGGGAACGUUUUCGGACAGAUACAGAACAUUACUAAGGUGACCUAGCAUUACGGUGACCUUUCAUAAAAUCUCCUUUUAGCUCCAAAUAGCAUUUGUGCAAUGAGUAAUUUAACUGAAAUCCAGCCUAAGUGUAUUCCAUUUGUACUGCUAUGUUUUGAUUGCCUUAAAGGGUAUACCUCCCACUUAAAUCCUCCUUAUGUGCUCUUCACUGAGAUGUGCAAGGAAAUAAAUAAGAGAAUUACAGCUUUUAUACCAAUUUUAGAUAAUACAGUAGAUAAGAGGUAAAAAGAACUGUGAACUGGGCGUAAUGUGCCGAAACAUUUACGGGGAAUUGCAGUGACCUUCAAUGAGGGAAUUUGUGUCAGACUCUCACAAGCACUAUCUCAUAAGUCUGUCAAAGCCUAGGCACAGUACGCACAGUACUGUGAAGAGGAAACGGAGACCAAGGCCGACCAGUGGUAUAAUGACUGCCUCCACAUCCUCUCUGUUCGGUGGAACAGAAUAUAAAUAAGAAGAAGCAGAAGAAGAAGAAGAAGGAAAGUAAUAUUCAUGCUUAAGAAUUUUAAAUAUCAUGGAUUUAGAAAAUGAUCUACAACAUUAAAUAAGAGUAGUCAUUCAUUAUGGGUGAAGGCUUUGCCAAAAAAAACUAAAAAACCCACCCAAAGCCUUUUUCAUAUAUUUGUUGUUAUAUCCUAUAGUUUUAGUCUUAUAUCUGCAACAUGGAGUUUGUUUUGGUUUUAUUCAUGCAAACACUCAAAGCUGGGUGUUUUUCGGUGGAGGGGUGAUGAGUUUAGUCUUCGCAUUCUGACCCAUGGAAAGAGCAUACACUCCCACCAGUAUUCCGCUAGCCUGAUGUGUUUUUGCCUAGGAUCAUGGGGGGGGGGGCACACGAGCAAAACAAUGAAAACAUUUUGUAAUCUGCUCAAAGCUGCUUCAACAAUACUUUCAGGAUACCAUAGAGGGAUUGUGCAAACACUGACUUCAUUUCUUGGAUACUUGUGCCAAUAUCUUUGCUGCAAAGCAGGAAACCAUUCAACUCUUGUGGCACACUGACAGUGAUACCAAAGCAUUUCUUCUUCAGCGCUGAGAGCCUAAAGAGACUGUGUCCUUGUUUAACAUUUCUACAUUCCACAUCUAAAUCAGGUUAUAGCAUGUAACAAGGUCAUCAUACCAUGAGAACCAAUGAAAUUUGGUGACAGAUUUGUCAUUACUGAAAACAUGUAGACGUAGCAUACAGCUGGGGUCUGAUCCACCUUUCUCAUCUCUCAGUCUGACUUGCAAAUGAGAUCAUUUAAAUUGUAGCGCCAUUUACAUAUUUCUCUUUAGGAAUGUCAUUUCACAGAUAGGGGAUGAUUUGUUAUGGUUUCAAUGACAGGUAGGUCGCAGUGCUGUAUGUAUGUCGGUCAUCACUCCAGACUUUCUCUUGUGAAGUGAGAGCUGGAAGCCUUGUGUAAUCAUGUAUUUAAGCAUUUAUUCCUUUUGUUACAUAACACUACACUAUGGUGCCUAUGUCAUAUGAUAUCAAUGUAUUCUAUUCUUUCUUUUCCUCCGGCCAUUGCUCUAUUUCCUUUCAUUCCUUUUACUGUGCAUGGUUUUGAUGUGGCAAACGUCCAAGCAAGCUUAAUGGUCUCUUUCCUUUGCAUUGACUCUCUCUCUCUCUCUCUCUAUAAGAAAUUCAAAGCCGUGCAUUCUUCAAAUGCACCGUAUUGCUUAUCAAUCUAGUAAACACAGCUUUUAUGAAGGACAACUCCCUGACAGUGACAACCAUUUCAAACUAGACUCUCUUUUAUUCUACAGAUGCAUCAGCUUUCUCUCCAGUGGUGAACAUUGAAAAUAUAUGAAUAUAGGAAAUUAUAUCUGAUGUCAAAUGAGACUGCUUGUCUUGUCAGGGUCAGUUUAUCUGUAAAAACGUCUCUGCAAAAGUUCGACAUAUCUGAUUUAUUCACUCUGUUUUGUUCUUUACACAAUUAAAGCAUUGACACAA